GCCCCAGUUCGACGGUCCCUGACCCUCCCCGAAUUCUGUCCAGCCGCCGACGAGGCCGCGCCAAACCAUACGUCUCCCUACUCUCACCUCGCACGCUUCACGGGGCGCGCGCUUUCCCCCAGGACAAUUGCUCUGCUCCAACGAGCUCGACGGCAGACGACACAUCUCUGACUGGAAGCCGAACCAGAAUCUCAACUGACUGUGCCUGCUGUGAGAGCAUGUCGCCUUAAGAGCGCGUGCUUCCCCGAUCCAGCUGCGGCAGUCACGAGACGCCGAAUCAUGAGAGUCGAUGGAGAACGUUAUCUACGAGGACUCACCCUUGGCGGAAUUUCUAGAAGGUGAAGGAAGAGGGACAAGCCCGCCUUCGCCCACCACAUCGUCCUCACCACCACCGGAGAGGCACAGCUUCGCCCCCCGAGGCCCGUCGACGCUCCAGUCCAGAAUACGGGAUCGGCUCCCACGCCCGCUGCGAAUACAAGUCGGCAGUACUAGUUCGGUUGCUAGGAUCCACGGCGCAUGCUCUAGGGCGGUGAACUCGAGGCUAGGACGAGCGGACAACCAGCGCUUUCUAGAACACUUUAGGUACCUCGUUGUCGCCUCUCAGCUUUUAAGUGAGCAAGGGGGUCUUCGGGCUGCAGCCAUCCCCAACUUCGCGUCCGACGAACGAGCCCAACAGCGAGAAUUCAGAGUCGCCACCACCAAUCUGACAGGUGCUGCCUUGACAGGAGCGACCGCGUUCAUACUCGUCUGGCUUGUACACUGGUCCCGAGGCCGAGCAAAUGGGUUCAGCAAGGGCAGGUUUUUCGUGGUGCUGCUGGUAUUUGCCGCAGUCACAACCACUUGCUACGCGUACGUCCGGCGCCAGUGGCUACAGUACCUCAGGCAGCAAGCCGUGGAGGGGGCUUCAGCCCUGGUCACAAACUUGCAGGCGUUUGAAGCGUCGACGUCAUCGGCUCUUGCAUUGAUUCAGGAGGUAGAGCUCGUUUCACGAGGAUAUCGCCUUAGCAGCCCUCUUCCUCCCAUCUCAAGAAUCGAAGAAAAGGGACAGGCACGCCGCUGUCACCGCCUGCGUCGAAGUCUACGCGCCGCGUUUGCUAGUGCCAUCCCAAUUUUUGCCGAGCAUUGUGGGAGCCUGAAGCAGCUCGUCGAGGAGGAUGAUUUGGAGAAAUAUCUGGAUGUCUACGACAUCAGCAACCCUGAUCUGCAAGAGGCGGCACAGGGAUACUCGGAAUCAGAGUUUGAGGAUGCCGAAACCUUGAAGGCUCUUCGUAUCUUGCAAUACCGUCUCUCCACUUUACGCCGCGUCUAUCUUUGCUCGCUUCUUGCCCUUGAGGCGGAUGGUGGAAAGCCUGAUUUCGCUCGGUGGACUGUAGCCGUGGACUCUAUGUUAAGCUUGGCUGCCCCUACAGGAGAUUGGAGUGAAAAACUGAACCGCAUACUUAGCGAAGAUGAGCAAUUUGUCCUGCCGUCUCCACAAAAGAUCCAGCCAACCCCUAGUCGGGAACGUUUGCGAAACUCUGUUAGGAAGCUCAGCUCCUUGUCUCAGGGGAUCCGUGGUCUCCAGGCUAAGAUGCAAAUUUUACGCGAGGAAUCUAACAAGACUCUUGAGGAGUCGGAGGAUAUAACCGAUUUGGGUUCCCAUCUCAUGGCGCAGUACGAGUCUAUCGGUGCUGAUCUGAAGAGUCUGAUGCAAGCCUGGGAAUCCGGAAAAACUUCCCUUGCCCUCAAUAUCGACAGGCACGAACGACGGAUAUCCCAGGCCUCUAGUGGUUUACGAUCACCAGUCCCCAGUCUUGGUGGGUUGACUGCCGUUGAAGAAGGCAGUCCUUCUGACGCCCUCCGAGCCCUGAAUGGUGGCCUGCUCAGCCCACGACAAUCCGCACCAUCAAGCGUAGAAGGCAGCAACUCUGACGAUGAAGUGUUUGAGGCGAUAGCAAUACCCCGAACACGCCCCACACUGUCGAGAGAAGAACGAAUGCAAAAGAUCCAAGAAGACCGGGUCCGCCAGGUCUCCUUACGCGAACAGAGAGAUGCGAACAACAGUAUGCUGAAGGAGUUGGAAUCUGUAAUAAAUCUCCGGCCGCAGAGGAUGAACGCUGCACGCGGAGUAAGAGUAACGAGUCUUUAAUGUUUUUCGAGGGCUGAACUAAUGACAACGCGACACAUACCUCCCAAUCACGUCUGACACGUAUUUGGUUUUCGUUUGCGAGGAAAAUAUGAAC